CCAACAAAUAUCGCAAACAUCACAAGGCCUUGAUGAUGAUCAUGAUCAUCAUAACAAUAACAAGCUCAAGAGUGAUUGGAUAUGGUGGAUUCAGCACAGUCUACUUGGCUGGAGAUCUCAUCCCAUCCACGACUAGUACUGGUACAAAUCUUGCGGCUAUUAAGAUCAUCAAUGGCAGCCGUUUAUUCAAACAGGAAUUGGACAUUCUGAGGCAGCUUCACCACCGCAACAUCGUCGGCCUAAUCGGGUAUUGCGACGACCGAGACGAUCAAUGGGCACUGGUAUUGGACUACAUCUCCAACGGCGGCUUGGAAGAUAAGCUCCACGGCGGAGUUGGUGAGACUAGUACUACUACUACACUUCCUUGGAGAAACCGAAAGGCAAUAGCCUUACAAGUAGCUGAGGCCUUGGAAUAUCUGCACGAGAUGUGCGGCGGCUUGCCGAUCGUCCACGGCGACAUCAAGGCCUCCAACGUGCUGCUGGACCACCACCUGAAUUGCAGGCUCUGCGACUUCGGCUCUGCGAAUAUCGGGUUUUCUUCUGCGGUGACGCCGGGGAUGAGACCGAAUCGGGCGGUGAUGAUGGGGUCUCCGGGUUACACGGACCCUCACUAUCUGAGAACUGGACUACCAUCAAAGAAGAAUGAUGUCUACAGCUUCGGAGUCCUCCUGCUUGAGCUUGUCACCGGAAUGCAGGCCUUCUGCUCCGAGAGCAACCGGACGUUGGUGUCCCGAGUGGGCCCGACGUUCGGCAGAGACGACGUGGACAUAGCGGAACUCGUCGAUCCGCGGCUUGCCGGUGAAUUUGAGGCGGAAGAAGCAAGGGCUCUGCUUUCCUUGUCGGCUGAGUGCCUUCGCCAGCCGCCCACUCUAAGACCUUCUGCUUCUCAAAUCUUGCAAGCGUUAAACGACAACGUUUCUUUCAUUCCCCCAAGUAUUCAACACACGUAUCAUGGCUCCAAAAAUCUGCUUACACUCCAAAAGUAAAAUUAGUUGA